AUGGCUACUAUUGUUUAUUUUUUUAGAUCAAGGGGCUUCCGCCAUUGUUUAUUCUGGUGGUUUAUACUCUAUGUGAUCCUAAUCAGCGCCUCACCUACACCCGGCAACACUGCUACCAAGCAAGCUAAACCAAAGAAAGUGGAGGUCCCUAAUUUCCCUCAAGACUACGAAGGUCGCGUGAAAAAGGGCCAAUAUCUUAGAGCCCUUUUCCCUCUAGACGAAGAACAGGCAACUGAGUAUAACAAUGGGGUUUCAGUUGCAAGCCCGUUCAACGACCCAGAAGAGUUAUGGCACCAAGGUUGGACUCAGUUAGUCUUUCGGUACCCCUACAAGGAUAAAGAUGAAGGUGUAUUACCGGUUCCUCCAUCCUAUGGAAACGCCCUUGACGAGGCCUUUGCGGAUCAGGGUCUUCCAGUAGACAAGACGCAAGCUGCAGUAUACUACUACAAACACAACUUAAGAUACAUGAAAGACAACAUUUGGUCACGGCCCACCCAAGCAGUAUACGAAAAUGUAAUGGUCCCGGCCUCUGGAGCUAUCGUUUUUGAUCAAAACUUUAGUCCUACGUCAAAGAUCGCGAGGCCAAAAGCUGUUGGGACUGUUCCAUACUUAGAUAAGCUAUCUGAUGUUGCCUACUUCCAGUGGCAACACAGCUGCAGAGCUAGGGGUGUUGAACAAAGUAGCCUCAAAGUUGUCUUCCGAUCUAAAAUUAUCCAUAAGGGAACAUCUGACAUAGUUAUAAAGGCUUUAAAGGAUGCUGCAUACACACGUAUUCCAGGAUUUGCUGAGAAAGCAGUGUUCUCAAUGGAUAGCCGGGAGGGUCAAGCUAUUCUUGGGACCGUCCACGGUAGUUCAACAGCCUGGAUGCUUAUUCAGCAUAAAAAGCAGCUUGGGCUAAAAAGGAUAUCUGAGGUUGCAGUUUUUAGUUCCGGUACAGGUCACGAGUUUAGCAGACAUAUGCUUAGUCUAGCUACAACUAUAAGUCUAAGGUUUACUAUUAUUGACGCCUAG